AUGGAGGAGGUGGUGCUGCCGUCGAUCCGCGUCGGGCACUCGGGCGGCGGCGCGUUCGAGAGCCUCGCGAGCGACGAGGUGGAGAAGAAAAAGCUCACGCUGGGUGUGUGCGUGAUGGAGAAGAAGUCGCGAUCGUCCCCCAUGACGGCCAUUCUUGACCGCCUGCGCAUGUUCGGCGAGGUGGAGGUGAUCAUAUUUGAAGAUCGCAUGAUCCUCCACGACCCCAUUGAGAAGUGGCCCAUAUGUGAUGCGCUAAUCGCCUUCUACUCCACGGGCUUCCCUCUCGCCAAGGCGCAGCAAUACGCCGCCCUGCGCAAGCCAUAUUUGGUGAACGAGUUGGAGCCACAGUGGCUGCUGCACGACAGGAGGAAGGUGUACGCGAAGCUGGAGGAGCACGGGCUCAUGAUGCCCACAUACGCAAUAGUGAACCGCGAGGGGGAGGGGGAGGGCGCGGAGGAGAAGUUUGAGGAGGAGGAGGACUACGUGGUGAUCGCCGGCAAGCGCAUCAACAAACCAUUCGUGGAGAAGCCUGUUGACGGUGGGUGGUGGGUUCGAGGGAUGUGGGCGUGCGAAUGCUGCUUUACUAAGGAGGAGGACUACGUGGCCAUCGCUGGCAAGCGCAUUAACAAGCCCUUUGUUGAGAAACCCGUCGAUGGUGGGGAGGGUGCGGAGGAGAAGGAGGAGGACUGCGUGGUCAUCGUUGGCAAGCGCAUCAACAAGCCCUUUGUGGAGAAGCCUGUCGAUGGUGGGUGGGUGCAUGCAUGGGUGGUGGAUUCAUGGGCAGUGGGUCUAUGGGCGGUGUGUGCAUGGGCAGUGAUGGUGGGUUCUAAGGUCGCUGGGUGCAUGGGCCUUCGUUCUGUACGCGUGAGGUGGCCUGCCCGUCUGUCUUCUCUCCCAUCCGCAUCCAUCUCCUCUCCCACGCCCCCUCUUUUCCUGCUCUCCCAUCCCCAAUUCCCCACAUCUCCUCCCGUCUUUCCAUGCCCGUUAUGCUUUAUCUCACUACCACCAGGCGACGAUCACAGUGUGAUGAUCUACUACCCCAGCUCCGCAGGGGGCGGCAUGAAGGAGCUCUUUAGAAAGGUGGGCAAUCGGUCGAGUGAGUUCCACCCGGACGUGCGCCAUGUGAGGCGCCAUGGCUCCUACAUCUACGAGGAGUUCCUCCCCACAGGUGGCACGGAUGUGAAGGUGUACACGGUGGGGCCGGACUAUGCACAUGCAGAGGCACGCAAGUCACCCGUGGUGGACGGUGUUGUCAUGCGCAGCGCUGACGGCAAGGAGAUCCGCUACCCGGUGCUGCUCACCCCAACGGAGAAGGAAAUGGCACGGGUUAUCUGUCUUGCGUUCGGGCAGGCGGUGUGUGGAUUUGACCUGCUGCGAUCGCACGGGCGCUCCUUUGUGUGUGACGUCAACGGCUGGAGCUUUGUCAAGAACUCCACCAAGUACUACGAUGAUGCAGCGUGUGUGCUGCGAAGCAUGCUGCUCCGCGCCGUGGCACCGCACCUCUACUCGCCACUCCCCGUCCGACUGCCCUGGUCCUCCGGCCCCGACGCAACAGCAGCAGCAGCAGCGGGGGUGGCAUUGGACGGCACGACCUCGCCGGACUAUGAACGGUCACUCACCAAUGCGAGCAGCUUCAACAGUGUUCACACAUUCGGCACUCGGGAGGAGCUGCGCUGCGUUAUUGCUGUCAUCCGCCAGACAGUAAGUGGGCCCGACGCAGCAGCAGUAGCAGCAGCAGCAGCAGGAGGAGUGGCAUUGGACGGCACGACAUCGCCGGACUACGAGCGCACGCUCAGUGCGAGCAGCUUCAACAGCGCUCACACGUUCGGCACUCGGGAGGAGCUGCGCUGCGUCAUUGCUGUCAUCCGCCAUCACGAGGUGAAGUUUGCUCAAAAUGAGGUGGCUUUUGAGUCGAUUCACAAGACACAGGACCAGCUGCUGAAGCUCAUGCUCAAACACAACGGCGGCAAGCCGCGCUCCGAGGCGAAGCUGAAGAGCGCAGUGCAGCUGCAGGACCUGCUGGACGCCUUGCGUGCCCUUGUGCCUCACCAGAGGGACGGCAGCGACAGCGAGACAGAGGACUUUGAGAAUGCGGAGAAGCUGAGGCACGUGAAGGCCGUGCUGGAGGAGGGAGGACACUUCUCGGGCAUAUACCGCAAGGCGCAGCUGAAGCCACAGAAGUGGGAGCGAGUGCAGCGGCGAGACAGCAGCGGGGCGGAGGUGGAGGUGGACGAACCCACGGAGGCCCUCAUGGUGCUCAAGUACGGCGGCGUGCUCACCCACGCCGGGAGAGCGCAGGCGGAGCAUCUGGGACGAGCAUUUCGAGAAGCCAUGUAUCCUGACGAGAUGGGUUCCAAUGGCACGGGCCUGCUGCGCCUGCACAGCACGUACCGCCACGACCUCAAGAUCUACAGCUCUGACGAAGGCCGCGUGCAGGUGGGUUCUGGGCAGUGGGGGCAGGGCAGUCUAGUGAGCAAGGACUCACCCAUGCUUGACGGGCUCGACUCCGCCUCGAUUGAAAUGGAGCAUGCCAAGCGCAAGCUGGGCGAGAUGAUGACGACCAACGACCCACCAGUGCUCUCGCCCACCCACGGCCAGCCCAACGUGGCACACAGCCCGCGCCGGCCGUCGCAGUCGCGCUCGCACUCGCGCAGCAGCAGUACCAGUAGCAGCCACGGGGGGUUCUCAGGGCACACUGCGGGUCCGUGGAUGACUCAUGCGCCCUGGCUGCCUGACCGGCCCCUUAGCAAGCUGCACAAGCUGGUGGAGCUGAUAAAGGCGCUGGCAGCACACGCUAAGGAGAAGUGCCGCGAGGAUGACGUGGACGGCGCUCUAGAGGCCAAGGUGGAGGAAGCUGUCAAGAAGCUUCGCAUCGUGCCCGUGCCGGCACAGCACAAGGCGGAGGUGGGGGAGCAGCAGCAGCAGCAGGGUGUGGGGGAGCAGCAGGGGGGGGCGCAGCAGCAGGGGGGAGGGAAGCAUAAGGCUGUGCCAUAUGAUGGGACGGUGCUGGGGAAGGCACGGUUUGAUGAGAGCCGCAUAAAGGCGGGGUUGCCGUGCGGUACGGAGGAGUUUCUGCUCAUCUUUGCGCGGUGGAAGAAGCUCGAGCGCGAUAUUUACAACCCGCGAAAGGAUCGCUUCAACAUCAGCAAGAUUCCCGAUGUCUACGACUCUGCCAAGUACGACCUGGUGCACAACCGCCACCUGGGCCUCAGGGGGCUGGACGAGCUCUACCUGCUCGCCAAGGAGAUGGCAGACGGGGUCAUUCCAAACGAGUAUGGCAUCACGCCGUACAGCAAGCUCAAGAUCGGCGCCAAGGUGGCACGGCGGCUGCUGGGAAAGAUGCUGAUUGAUCUGCACAACACGCGGGACGAGGCGGUGGCGGUGGGGCAGGCCAUGCAGCAGCACCGGCAGAGCCUGAGAGAGCAGCGCGCAGCAGCGGUGGCGGCAGCGGUGUUCAACCAGGAGCAGCAGCGGCAGCACCGCCGGUCAUCUGGAGAGGCCAAGCGGCGGUCGGAUGGGCACCCGGAAGGGGAUAACGACGACAGCAACGCACAGUACCGACUAGAUCCCAAGUAUGCCAACGUGCGGACGCCGCAACGCCACGUGCGCACUCGCCUCUACUUCACAUCUGAGUCGCACCUACACAGUGUGAUGAACGUGCUGCGCUUCUGCCAGCUGGACGACUCCUUGCAGGGCGAGGCGCCGCUGCUGAGUCCCGAUGCCAUGACGCGCCUCUAUGAGACGCGCGAGCUUGACUACCUCACGCACGUCGUGCUGCGCAUGUAUGAGAACGUCGAGGUGGAUCUGAACGACCCACGGCGGUUCCGAGUGGAGAUCAUGUUCAGCCCAGGCUCGGCUGUGAGCCCUCUCGAGGUGGAGCCAUCAAAGAAGGACCACACAUUGCCGGUCCUCCCCCCUUUUACCGUCCAGAACGACGCACCCGACACGCUCACCAUGCGCCGUAUGGACCGCAUGCUGCAUCCCUUCGCCAUGCCGCCCGAGGACUUCCCGCCGCCCGUGCAGCCACAGGGCUUCUCCGGCCUCUUCCUCAAGGGCACCGUCUUUGAGCGCAUCACGCAUCACCUCGUCCGUCGCGCCGCUCCCACUCUCUCACUCUCGCUCUCUCACUUUCUCGUUCCGCCCCACCUCCGUCUCUUGAUGGCCCUCGCCGCUCGCCUCCUCUCCCCCUCCUCCCUCGCCUGCCCGGCACGCGCCCUCGCCACCACCGCUCGCCUCCCCCGCUCGUGCCUCCCCCACUUUAUUCUCCCCCAGUCGCACCUCCCCCACACCGCGCGCCCGCGCUCCACCCCUGCUGCGUGCCCCGCCGCCGCCCGCGGUGAGAAGCGACGUGGUGUUGCGACCAUGGCGACGCCACCGUCCAACGCGGAGAUGGCGGGCAGCUCAGAGGAAGCCCCCCUGGCGAGUCGACGCUGUGUGCCGUGUGAGGGCAAGGGGCUGCUGCCACUGCCCGCUGAUCGCAUCGCCAACCUGCUGGACCAGGUGGCGGGGUGGGAGGUGGUGGAGGAGGGCGGGUACCAGCGCAUUCGCCGGCAGUGGCGCACUCGGAACUUCCUCGCAGGACUCACGCUCUUUCAACGCGUUGCAGAGGUUGCCGAAGCUGAAGGCCAUCACCCGGACCUGCACCUGGAAGGAUGGAACCAUGCACGGAUCGACAUCUACACACACGCCAUCGGUGGGCUGCAUGAGAACGACUUUGUGCUGGCAGCCAAGAUCAACGCGCUGCACCUGGAGGAUCUUCUUCGCAAGCCAAAGACCAAGAUUGCUGGUUGA